CGGGAAGGCAACUGCCCGGAACGUACACAUGAAAUAUUUGUUUGUACUUUUGAAGUUCCCUACAAUCUACAUAAACAUUUAGACUAAGGUGCUAAAAAGCAAGUUUUCAAUAUAAUUUUCAUAUAUUUACAUAAUUAGGUAUUGUAUGGUGUUGGUAUUUAUUAGUUUCGAUUCAAGUGCGCCUAUGUAAUCAUGCAGCCGUUAUCAAAAUUUGGACUUUAUCUAACGAAAUAUUGUAAAUAAAAUAAAAGAAUAAAAGUAUUUUAUCGAAUCUUAGUUGAAUGUGUAAAUAUACUAGUGUAAAAUGUAGAUAAGUAAAGGCUUUAGUGAUGUAGAACCUUAUCAAUCUUUAUCAUUUGUAAAAAGUAACCUUUGAACUGAAGAAUGUUUAGUUUAAAUCUGAGCCUUUCGUUUAUUGUGGUGUUGCUAUCGUUACUCAUAUCGUAUGUCUUUGUCGCAUUGCACAAUAAUUCAGAUACCAAAAUGGGAAAAAAUGGUUUAUUGUUUGUGUCAAACGCUGCAAAAGCACACAAUUAUUGCUUGAAAGCCUCAAAGUUUGUUCAGAAAGUGCUGUACAUUAAGAUAAAUGAGAAUUCUAUAAAUACUUUGCCAGUUCUUAGUAGCCAGAUAUCUCAUAUUUAUUCGAGGACAUCUUCAUAUUCUAAAUUAGAUGUCCGACUAAUAAUUAAGCCUGUGGAUGCCGUUAGAAACUUUAGGACAUAUCAUCCUAUUGACCUAGUUCUUUAUGACAAUGAGCUAUCAUCAGAGAUUGACAAGUUGAAGAAAUCAGUGGAGAGCCUUAAAACUGAUUAUCGGAUACAAAGUAUUGAACAAGAUGGCGAACUAGAAACUUUGAACCAAGAGCCUGUAAAGCAGUAUGAGUAUGUGGCACUGGGUGGGACAUUUGACCGGCUCCACAACGGGCACAAAAUCCUCCUGUCACAGGCUGUGCUGCGCUCAACCAAGCAUGUCACUGUUGGGGUUACCGAUGUUAACAUGAUACAAUCCAAAAAGCUCUAUGAAUUGAUAGAGCCGACAGAAACGAGAAUUAAAGCUGUGUUAGAUUUCCUUACUGAUAUAAACCCCGACCUAGAGUACAAUGUGCAACCCAUACAUGAUUUGUAUGGACCCACCAAAGAUGACCCUAAAUUUCAGAUGAUAGUAGUAAGCGAAGAAACCCAACGCGGCGCGCAGAAAAUAAACGAAAAGCGAAAAGAGAACGGUCUACCGCUACUAGACACAUACGUAAUAGGUCUCGCACAGGACUCGAGUCCGCAGCGCUCGCAUGAAGAAGAAGAAAAAGUUAGCUCAAGUAAUCAGAGAAUGCGGCUACUUGGCACGAUGCUGAGGCCGCCUGUUGAAAACGACAAUAUUCCCGCGUGGCCUUACGUAAUCGGACUAGCUGGCGGCAUCGCCAGUGGAAAAAGCAAUAUUGCAGAGAAAUUAAGGUCAAAAGGCGCCGCCAUCGUGAACUGCGAUACGAUAGCGCAUGACUUGUACAAGCCAGGGCUACCUCUGAACCAGACGGUGGCUGAUGCCUUCGGGAGUGACAUUAUCACGGACAGCGGGGAGGUGGACAGGAGAAAAUUGGGACAGAUCGUGUUUAGUGAUAAGAACCAACUAGAAAAGUUAAACCAACUGGUAUGGCCGGCGGUGAUCGAAGAAGCCCAGAGAAGAAUACAGACCCUCGGUCAAGAAGGCCACAGAGUGGUAGUGAUGGAAGCAGCUGUGAUGGUGCGAGCUAAGUGGUACAACCAGUGCCAUCAGCUGUGGGUCGUCAUCAUACCGCCAGAAGAGGCAAUCAAAAGACUACAAGAGCGCAACGGCCUCAGCGAAGAAGAAGCGAGACAACGCAUAGACUCUCAACCCUCUAACCAAGAGCAAGUGUCGCUAGCCAACAUUGUGUUCAGUCCAUAUUGGAGCUACGAGUACACGCAGAUGCAGAUAGACCGCGCAUGGCAACACUUGCAAGAGUUGUUGGACAGCAGGAAGUGUAACUGCUAAAGUCUGGCCAUCAUUAGAAAAAAGCAAAUUUAAUAAAAAAAAUAGGCGCGAAGCGUUAUUGACCUGUUCGAUAUUUGAAAUUUGUGCUUUUUUUUUUUUACUGAUAAAAUUGUUGGGCCGACUAGAGCAAUAUUUUGUUAAAUUGUUAUGAACAGAUAUUAUAACUUUUUCAGCAAUUCUAGUGCAGCAUUUUCGCGUUAAAGGAUAUAUAUGUACGAAGCCAGCUGGAAUAGUUAAUUAGGAUAUUUAUGAUUAAUAACAGUAAAAAACCGGCCAAGCGCGUGUCGGGCCACGCUCAGUGUAGGGUUCCGUAGUUUUUCGUAUUUUUCUCAAAAACUACUGAACCUAUCAAGUUCAAAACAAUUUUCCU